AAUUCCUAUUCUUCAGGCUACAAUUUUACGAAAUCCCAAAAAAGAAAAGAAUGAAUAGCGUAGCAAACCUGCCAUUGUUCGCAGCCAGCGUAAGUACCAAGCGAACAACGCUGUUCGGCAACAACAAACUACAGCCGAUUAGAUCCAUGAGAGCUGUUGUUCAGAGAGUCGCCUCUGCAAGCGUUGAGGUCGAUGGCCGCACCGUUUCGGAGAUCGGACCGGGUCUCCUCGUGCUUGUCGGCCUUCAUGACUCCGACUCCGACGCCGACGCCGAAUACAUAUGCCGUAAGGUCCUAAAUAUGAGGUUGUUCCCAAAUGAGAGUACCGCCAGAGCUUGGGACUUAAACGUAAUGCAGAAAAACUACGAGGUUCUAUUAGUUAGCCAGUUUACACUGUAUGGAAUGUUGAAGGGGAACAAGCCGGACUUUCAUGUGGCAAUGCCUCCCCUAAGAGCUAAACCCUUCUAUGCUUCUGUGGUUGAGAGGUUCGGUAAAUCCUACAACCCAGAUCUGAUAAAAGAUGGAGUGUUUGGAGCAAUGAUGAAGGUCAAUUUGGUGAACGAUGGCCCAGUCACAAUGCAGAUUGACUCCCAACCGUCUAAGAAUACAGUUGAACCUCCAGAAGACUCGUGAUGGAUUUCUAUUGGAUUCUACAAUUUAAGAUCUGGCUGCGAUUCUUUGUGGGCUUACAAGUUGAAGAGUUGAUGGGAUGACAGACUCUUUUCAUCAAGGUGGAAAUGAUUAUGUCCUCUUGUGCUAUCCUACUAAUUUCCAUCAGCAUUGGCCGUGGGGUUGUAUGCUAAUUUACUCCUUUAACAGUUGACAAUAUCUAUUUCUCAGCCGCCAAGAAUCCUUUUGGGGACUUUUAAAAAUUUGUUCAGAUACCUUUGUUAGUUUUAGACCUAUUCAAUUCAAUCUUCGUGCUGCUUAAACUAGACAAAUGUCAGCAAAAUUCAGAUCAAUAACCAGCAUGAUCUUAUGUACAAGUGUCAGCAAAAUUCAGAUCAAUAACCAGCAUGAUCUUAUGUA